AUGAUCAUGAUAAACGUGGUGCGAACCAAUACACCACCUCCACCCACAACUGACUACUAUAAAAGAAAAGGACUAACAAUAGUAGACAAGAAUGUUAAUACAUUUGACCCCGCUGCCUGGUAUGUGCCCUUUCUUUUAACUCUCAUGGCUCUGUUCCUUGCUGCUCUUCUGGGAUGGGUAGGUCAUCUUUUGUGGAAAUAUGGCAACUUGAAGGCCCUGUGCCAAAAGGCAAGAAGCACAGUUUCCAAAAGGAGAGUGAAGACCUAUAAAACAGGAACAAAAAAAGAGAAAGUGGAAGUUAUAACGGAAACAACAACCUUUGAAACUGUCUUUGAUGGAGAGGCCGUGGAUCCAGUCACAGGGAAAAUGUAUGAAUAUAACAGCAAGUCAGGAGCUAGAAGGUGGAAGUCCAUGCAAGCCAACGAGGAGAAGAUAAAACUUUCCGAUAUUUCCACUGUAUCCGAAGCCCUGGUCCCUAUUCUUUCAAAUGCUCCUGCUAUCAAGAGUACUUAAGGAGAAACAUGUCUGCUCUGAAGAUCUGACCUUUGGGAUCACUGAUGCACAUUUUUGUGGGAUUUUGGUGGCAUACCAUCUCAGAUCAAUGCUGUUUUCUCAAUAUAAUUUUCCUGUGAAAUGAAAUAAGCAGAAAAAUAAUAAUAUGGACAUAUUGUAUCAAAGAAAGUGUUCUAAUCUAUAGAGUGAAGGCUAUUAUA